CGUUAUUUUAAUUAGUCCAAUGUUUAAAGCUAUGUAAAGUGAAAUAUUUGGAAUGAUUUAAGGUCAUUUCGAUAUGAGACGCACAUAUAGAUCGAAGAAAGAUACUGGGAGUGGUUUGGAUCACAAAGAUGUCUUGCUUACGCUCGACGAGAGAAGUUCGGCUUUCGAUGCCUUUUACAUACAGAAAUUAAAGCAAACUAAACGGGAACUAUCAUGUAUGGGCUCGUCCAGCCAGUAUAGUACGACUUCUCAAAAAGUACGCAAGAAAAAGUAUGUAAAACGAAUUGUGAAAGAAAUGGAAAGUGCUCCUAGGGAGUCCAUGUCUCAUUCCGCCUAUUUGACACCAGAUAAGUCCAUAAGAGUGAAUAGGGGACAGGAUUUAUUCGAUCAGUUGCUAAAUAAGUCUUCACCUCGGCAUUUGGAGCCUAAGGUGAAGGAAAAGGAUGAUUUAUUUGACCAAGUUCAGGCUCCGAGACCAACUAAGACUUAUGCCAAAAAGAAAACCAGAAAAGUGAACAAAUACAACUAUUCCAGUAGUGAAAGUGAAAUUGAUAAAGAAAAUGAAACCAGCAACAUAUCUACAAAUAUAACUGAUAUUGGCGCACACAAACUAAUAGUAGAGAAAGAUGUUCCUAGCAGCCCUAAGUUCCAGGAUGAAUCUAUUAACAAAAUAGUCCAAAACUUAUCUAUAUUUAACAAAAUUAACAAUUUAAAUAGUUCUGGCAGUCCAGUUAUAUCAUUCAAUAAAAAUGUAACUAGGAAAAGAACUAAGCCAUCAACUCAACAAUUACAAUCAACAGUACUAGAAAAAUCUGUUCUAAGUAGCACACCAUUCAAAAAUAUUAGAACUGCAACAUCCAUUUACAAGCUAUCACCAAUUUCUAGACUUAGUUGUGGCACAAGUCCAAAUUAUGGGACUAUAAUUGAAGAAAAGGUUGUGGGGGAUGAUCUAAAGUCCCCUUGUAGUAAAAGACCAGUACCAACUGUAUUUAAUGUAGAUAAAAGUGAUGUAUCUGAUAUUAGUGUAAUAGAAAAUAACAAGACUGAACAAGAACUAAAUGUAAACAAAGAAGAGGAAGAAGAAUCAAAAAAUGUUGAGAGUCUAGAGUGUGUAUCUGUCCUUAGUGACAGCUUAAAUGAAUCAGAUAUGAAUAUUUCUUUAGGUGACUCUAAACCUAGUGAAGUAUUCUUAGGGUUCAGUUGUGUCAAUAAUGAAGUUGACAAAUUAAAAAAACUAUAUAAUGAAAUAAUUGAUAUUAGUAAACUAGAUGGUAAUGAUUCUAUGAAUGUAAAUACAAGUGUUUCUAUGAAUGAUUCACAAUUAGAGGUAUCACUAGGCGGAUCUAAGCCCAGUGAACUAUUUUUUGGAUUCAGUGUUUGUGAACAAAAUGAUAAAACGGUUAACCCCAGACAAACUUCACAUAACAGUACUGAGACAGAUGAAAGUAAAAGCAGUGUAUCUGUAGACUCACAAUAUAAUGCAUCUUUAUAUGAUACUUGCAGUAGUGAUAAUGAAGACAUUAAUGAUACUGAAUCAAACGAAGUAUUCAAAGAACCCGUUAUCAGUCUUACAAAAAUGAAUGAUUCAGUUUUCUAUAAGUACUAUGACAAAAUGUGUACAAAUGUGUCAGAUCACUCUGCUGAUGAAGAAAUUGUUGAACAAAAGUCUAGAAGUAGUCAAAAGCAUAAUUUGUCCAAUAAUAAUGAUAUGGAUGAAAAGAGUGAUAAUUUAGAUUCUGAUGACUUUUCCAAUUCAGAUCAACAUAUAAAGGCAAAAUGUGAUAGUUCAAAUACAGAAAUUGAUGAAGACAGUGUUUCACCACAAGAAACAGACAAUGAAUCAGAUAUAUCCAUAUCUGACGACUUGGAAUCUAACAGCAAUGAUGAUGGUGAAGUCAGAUGCUUUGUUAACACGAGAAGAAAAGUUACGAUAAAAAGUAACUCUACAAAAUCCAGCUCAAAUGAUUCUAGUAGUGUUAGUAGUGAAUGUAAUAUGACUGUACUUAGUAGAAGUAAAGUGAUUGUAAAUAGUCCUAAUAAUAUUAAAACAGAUGAAAAUGAGUUACAGACUGAAGAAUGUUUUGAGAAAGAUGUAAAUAACUUGUAUGAAGAUGCAAUUAAUUUAGAUUCUGAUGAAAUAGAAGAAACUAAAGAUGUACAUAGACAAUCUUUUGUCACUACUAGAAAGUCUUCCAGGAAAUUUAGUGUAAUUCCAGACAGUCCUGCAGAUAAGCCAGCAAUAGUUCUUCAACCAGGCAAAAAAUGGGAAAGAUCUCUUAGUAUUUAUAGAAGAAUGACUAUGUUGAAUGAUCAUUUUGAUAGAUCUGUUUUAGAAGAAGAGCUUUUAAAUAGUAAAGGACGGAAAUACAGGGAGAGUGUUAUCAAUACAAUGGAAAUGCAAGAAGGUUGCCUACACAAUGAAUCAAUCAGCAGUCGCAGAAGUACACUUGUGGCUAAGCCUUGCAGGUCGACCAUAGUGCUUAUAAAAGAACCUAAUAAUGCUCGAGCAAGCUUAUGCAACAAUACUACACUAUAUGACGACCUGAAAGGUUUCCUCAGCGACGAUUGUGAUGAUACCGUUGUCGAACUAUCGAAACUGUCGAUUGUUGACUCUGACCACGAAGUCACAGUGGUAGAGAAGCUACAUGAAGAUCGUUCGACGACCGCAAGGGACUACGUUCUGAGGCGCUGCAACCAAACGGAGGCGAUUCUGUUUGAUGAAUGCUAUCCAGAUACGGCCCUGAAGAAUUGCCACAAGAUCGGCGAGGGUGUCUAUGGGGAGGUGUUCCUUUGGCGAGCCCGCGAUGGCCGUGCGCGUGUUAUGAAGAUAGUACCAGUCGCAGGCGAUAUCAAGGUCAAUGGAGAGCACCAGAAGGACUUUCACGAGAUCAUAUCCGAGAUUGUGAUUGCUAUGGAAUUGAGUGCACUGCGCACUCCUAUAGCAGAAUUGGAACGAGAAUUUGAUGAAGGAAAGACGGACAUUGACACACUCGACUUGCACGCGAUACAAAAUGCUACUGACAUUUUUAAUGAGGUAUUAGCAGUAAGGUGCGUUUACGGCAGCUACACGUCGCGGCUGCUGGAUCUGUGGGAACUGUACGACGAAUGCAAGGGCUCUGAGAACGACAACCCGGCCAUACUGCCGACGGAUCAGCAGUACAUUGUGUUGGAGCUCGCGAACGCGGGGCAGGAUCUGGAGAGCUAUCAGUUUAAUAGCGCUGAACAGGCGCACGCUUUAUUCUUGCAGGUGGCUUUCGGUCUAGCCGUGGGCGAAGAGGCCUUCCAGUUUGAGCAUCGCGAUUUGCAUUGGGGGAACGUGUUGAUCGCCCCUACUGAACAAAAGUUCGCGACGUUCGUGGUCCGCGGGCGCUCGCACCGCGUGCCGCGCUGCGGCGUGGCGGCCACCAUCAUCGACUACUCGCUCUCGCGCCUCUCGCUCCCUCUCGCGGCCGGCGGGGAAGCGGCCGCGCUCUACAACGACCUCGCCACCGACGACGGCCUGUUCGAUGCCGUCGGCGACUACCAGUUCGAGGUCUACCGCCUCAUGAGGGACAAGCUCAACAACGAGUGGAAGAACUUCGAACCGUACACCAACAUCCUCUGGCUGCACUACACCGUAGAUAAGAUGAUAACAGCGCUCCGCUACAAGAGGACAAACACCAAGAUACACAAGCACUACAUCUCCAAACUCAAGGCCAUCAAGAACAGGAUCCUCUCCUACGGCAGCGCUUCCCAAUUCGUACUCACCGACAUCGAAUACUAAAUCGAACAAAUGUAAUAAUAAUUUAAAUUUAAUCAUCCAAAUUUUAUAUUCUCACUAGUAUUACAAUAUGGAUAUAUUUAGCACUUGCCCAUCGUGUGAAUCGGACCUGCAUUGCAUAAAUUAUAAUGUACAUAGAAUUUGCUUUGGUAAUGUAAUAGACGCUAAAAGGAUUAUUUACGAGAUUGUAGAAACAUUAGAACAGCGAAAAGGUGCCUUCUUAGCUAAGGUAGUGGCUUUGUUCAGAUUAAACUCAUACAUUGUGUUCAAAAA